UCGGUAUAGUUCGCAGACUACAGGCCAUGGAGUCUGUUUUGUUGUUUGUUUUUUAAACUUCCUGAUUUUGAAUGUUGGCAUCAGGAGAACUUGGCAACUACAUGUCAUAGUGUGAGUUAUCCAUGACUUGCCAAGAGUCAGUGUGUUUUGUGCUAUGUCAAAAACGAAAGUGUAUGGCCCGUUUUUCAAUGUUGGAGCUACUGUCACUGUUAUGAAUAGCUAUGGCCCCAGUUAAAAGGAGAUUUCCUGGGCCAACUCAAUAUCCAACAGAAUGGAGCUAUGCCUCAUUUCUGUAUGGCUAUGAGAGACUUCUUGUCCAAAAACCUGCUGGAGGCUUGGAUAGAAGGAGAAGAACCAAUUCCUUGGCCCCCUAGAUUCCUGAACCUUACUCCAUGUGACUUCUCCCUGUAGGAAUUUGUGAAAGGUCAGAUAUACCAACCUGUAAUUCCACAGUACCUUCGAGAGAGAAUUUCACAGGCCAUAGCAAACAUCAGCACUUGCUGCAGAUGAUGAGGGGCAUACAACAGAUGUACAGGUGAUGCAGGAGGUAGCUUGUACAAGAAGUAAGGUGAAGUUGGGGUGCGACAUAUGUGACCAUCUGGAGGAGGUGAUUAACCAACUGAUGGACCUGCCUCACAAAAGUAACAAUCUGAGCAAAGAGGCACAUGCUGCAGAUGACGAGGGGCAUACUGCAGAUUUCACGGUGGUUCAAGAGGCAUCUUGUACAAGAAGUAAGGUGAAGUUGGGGUGUGACAUAUGUGACCAUCUGGAGGAGGUGAUUAACCAACUGUUGGACCUGCCUCACAAAAGUAACAAUCUGAGCAAAGAGGCAGAAGCUCUGGAUAAUGAUCUGUACAAUGCAGAUCUGCCUAUAGGACAAGAGGAAUCUUCUUCAGCCUCCAAAGAUAGAAUUAUGUGUGAGACUGUUAGUAAGCUGGAGAAAGCAAUUGAAGAAAUGGAUAACCUAGAAUGUGAACAUGACAAUCUGAAUAAAGAGGCACACGCUGCAGAUGAUGAAGGGCAUACCACAGAUAUACCGGUGGUGCAGGAGGCACCUUGUAUAAGACAUAAAGUGGAAUUGAGCCGUGACAUAUAUGGCAGCCUAGAGGAGAGGAUUCCUCGACUGAUGGGCCUGCCUUUCAAAUCUAAUGAAGUGAGCAAAGAGGCAGAAGAUCUGGUUAAUAUUUUUAACACCCCAGAAAUGCCCGCAGUACAGGAGGAAUCUUUUUCAGCCUCCAAGGAUAGAAUUAUGUGUGAAGCAGCUAGCAACCUGGAGAAAGCAGUUGAGGAAUUUAAUAAGCUGGAAAGUGAACAUGACAGUCUGAAUAAAAAGGUUGGUUCUUCAUUUCAUUCAUAUUACCACUGUCUCAUUGGUCUAGUGGUAACAUUCUCACCACUGGACUUAAGGCUGAAGUUGAGGGAUGUUUAAGGGCAAUAGAAAUCCAUAGCACAUCUUCCUUUGGAAGGGAAGUAAAGCCAAUGCCCCACAUCAUACUUUAUUGAAUGUAAAAGGAAU